AUGAAGACAUAUGUGCGAAGAGCUGGAAUACUUGGAGCUUUUUUAUUCUGCCUAAAUAUCAUUUUUUACAUGAUCGGCAGUUGGCAUACAGGCAAAUCUUUUCCAGAGGGAGUCACAGAUCAAGAGGCUGUGAGGAGGAAGCUGGACAGGAUUGAAGAGACCCUCAACAAGCUGGCAAAUCUGAUAGAAGUUUCUGGUCAAAAGAGCUCCAACAAUGAACUUUUUCCAAAUGUGAAACAAGAAAAAGAGAAGGUCGUUAUACCAAAGUUAUAUCCAAACUCCAUCCUGUUUGCUGAGUGGGGCGACGGCUUGUCAAAAGAGGAACAAAAGGAGGCUGAAGCUCUGUUUCAGAUUUAUGGAUACAAUGUUUUUCUGAGUAACCGGCUGCCACUGGACAGGAAGCUUCCAGAUACAAGAGACAGCAGAUGUUUGACGAAGAAUUAUCCCAAGGACCUGCCAACCGUCAGCGUGGUACUGAUUUAUGUAAAUGAGGCUCUUUCGGUCAUUAAAAGGGCAGUACGAAGCAUCAUCACCCACACUCCAAAACACCUGCUGAGGGAAAUCAUCCUCGUGGAUGACCACAGCACUUACAAUGACCUUGGAAAACCGAUACAGGACUACAUGGGUCAGAUUGACAAAGAGAGGCCUGGACUCAUUAAGAGAGUGUGGCAUGAGCGGCAAAUGGGUUUGUCCCAGUCCCGCAUCUCAGGCUGGGAACACGCCACAGCUGAUGUUGUGGCCAUUUUGGACGCCCACAUUGAAGCCCAAGUUGGAUGGGCAGAACCUUUGCUGGCCAGGAUUAAAGCCGACAGGACCGUAGUGGUGUCCCCUGUAUUUGAUAAGGUCCAUUUUCAUGACCUACAUGUGGAGAAGUAUGCCACGGCUGCUCACGGCUUUGACUGGGCUUUGUGGUGCAUGUAUGAGUCCUUCAGGCCAGAGUGGUUGAAGAUGGCGGAUGAAUCGCAGCCUGGAAAGAGUCCCUCUGUUAUGGGGAUCUUUGCUGCUGACAGGAGCUUCCUCGGAGAAAUCGGUGGGCUUGAUGGUGGAAUGACAGUUUAUGGAGGAGAAAAUGUUGAACUUGGGAUUCGUGUGUGGCUGUGUGGAGGGAGUGUGGAGGUUGUGUCCUGCUCCAGGAUAGCUCACAUCGAGCGGACACAUAAACCAUACGCACUUGAUCUCAACCCUUCCAUGAGGAGAAACGCCUUGAGGGUUGCAGAUAUCUGGCUGGAUGAUUACAAAAAGAACGUGCACAUUGCCUGGAACAUCCCUCUGAAGAAUCACGGAAUCGACAUUGGCGAUGUGUCUGAGAGGAAGAGGUUAAGAGAAAAGCUGAAAUGUAAACCUUUCAAGUGGUACCUGGAUAAUAUUUACACAAGUCUGGAAACGUGGGAUAACAUCUUGGGAUAUGGUGUGCUGAAGAGCACCCUGCUCAGGAGCCACUGUAUGGACCAGGGAGCUGUUCCAGGAAACAUUCCCAUCCUGUAUGAAUGCCACUUUGAGCAGGCACAGCAAUGCUUCUACAACUCAGAUGGUGAAAUCAUCAUUGGGGGGAUUAAAUCUCAUAACUAUAACACAAACCGCUGCCUGGUUGAUCCAGGCACGGGCAGAACUCCCACUCUGCAGGACUGUCAGCUGGCGAAACUAAAGCAGCUACACAUGCACUGGGACUUCAAACAGGGACAAGCGAUCAUAAACAAAGCAACAAAGAGAUGUCUUGAAGUGGCAGAGGGAGAAAGCUCUGUCUAUGAGGUCAUCAUUCAGCAGUGCAGUGGACAGAGCUGGAGGAUUCAGCAUCUUAUUACAAGUUUUUAA